UGUAAAAAAAAAAAGAAAAGAAAAGUUGACUUAACUUCAGAUUUCAAGACCACGUGCUGCACAGCUUUUUUUGAGUAAAUAAUAAAUAAAUAAUAUUCAUAUGAAAUAAUAUUAAUUUCAUCAGUUGAAUUGAUUUUUUAUGAUCGUGUCUAAUUGUAUGAUAGGAUAGAGUCAGAAUUUACAGAAAAUAGUUUGCACUGGUAAUCCAAUAAAUACUGUCCUGUCUAGUCAGCAUGCACUACCAUGUAUAUGUAUAAUCCGGUGUAUUUAUUAUAUUUUUUGCACUUGUCUCACACAGUUGAGUAUUUACACUAUAUGUGGCCCUGUGUGCUGUUGCUGCUGAAUUGUUAUAUGCUGCACCACAGUCCUGAAGUGAUGACAUUCCAUUCAAUUCAAUUUAUACACAUCAUGUAAAGGAAUGAGAAUAAAACCCAACUGACUUCAUUUCACUAAUAAUGUUUUUUGUUUGUUUGUUUUUUAUUUAAACAUGUUGCUGUUUAACAAAGAAAAAAAUGGAUAAUUGGGGAUUAUAUGGAAGGCGUCUCCAGUGUCAGCAGUCAGAGGUAAAGCUGCAAAGGAUGUUGUGUUUUGCAGUUUGUCAGUAACAGGUUGCAACGUUUGUCUUAUUAACUUCUAGAUAAAGUGAAGGAAUAACUGUUUAUGAAAAAGUUUUUAUGAAGAUAUGGGAAAAAAUGCUAAUGAUUUAAACACAGAGUGUCUUCACUAGAGUCUAAUCAAGACUACUGACUUUUGCUAAAUAAUACUAAUUAAACUCCAUUGAUAAGGCAACUUACAAUAAAUUCCUAAUUUGUGUAGGACAUAGUUUGCAUAACAUAUUUUUUAAUGAUAUUUUGUUCUUUUUUUUUUCUUGAUAUGCAUUCUAGUUAACAUUAAUAGUAUUUACAAAUAUUAUUUUCCUUUAUGAUUCUAAGCUUGCUAAGUGUAUUUAGUUUAAUUUGACUCUUCCUAAGAUCCGCUGAGGGGAAACAUAAGAGUGCGAUGGAAAUGUUACUGUUAAAACCUAUGGUGCUGAGUGCCCUCUAAGACAUUAUUGUGUGGUCACAGAAUUUGCAAAACAUCAGAAAAUGGUGUGGGUGUUAAAAUGUUCAAAGCUAAAUAGUCCUCCAGUGACUUUAAUUUAGUCAGUUCUCACCCUGAAAAUAAUAUGUUGACUACUGCACAUGGAGGUUGAUAAAGUGGGACACCUGUGUGCGAAGACAGACUCUUGAAGCUCAAACAUGAGUAUAAAACCACAAAACUAGGUCAUCUCCCCUAAAAAGAGAACACAGACUGUGUGAAAAUGCUAAACAUUUUGCCACCGAGCGAAAUGACAUCAGAGGACUGUACACAACGGUUGAAAAACCUCAUCGUCUUGCUUAAAGUAUUAUGGUUCGACUUUUUUAUCAGCAGUGACAAUCCAAGACGCAAGCGGUUUUUGAGUUCCCCUAUGGGUCAGUCAAAUGGAGGAAAGUGUGAGAUAAUUGCUUUAUCAGAGGAGGAAGAAAAGCAGAGCUAUGAGAGCCAGCGAACGAAAAUCAUGACAUGGAUAUCUUCACCGAAGCCUUGCGACUUGUCCUUCUUUUACUGUUCAACUGCAAACUAAGAGUCUGUUAUAUUGUGGCUUGUACUGGUGAGCUGACAGUAGACCAAGACGUCAUUCCUAUUGGCUCCAACCUGACUGUACACUGCCGAUCCAACACUGAGAAAUGUGGCAGGAUCUUCAUCAUGAAGUUUAAUGAUAAGGAAAUUCUAAGGAAGACCAGCUGUUCCAGUGUGACAGCACAAGUGGUUGUGAACGAACCGAAAUUCUCAAUCACCUGUUCUGAGCAACAGGGAAGGACAUCUCGCAUUGUGUGUGGUCGGGACAUCGUGGCUAACCCGAUUCCAAGUCCUCCACAAAUUAAAGAGAUUGCAUUCACGAAAGGCUCCCUUUCCCCCACCAUCCACUGGCACAGCUCAGACAAUAUGGAGAAUCUGACACCCAGUCUGAGGUUUAGAACACAGGAUACUUCACGCUGGAUGGAGGGAAAUGUGACUCAGCUUCACAGAGGGACACUUACGUUGCUGGGGAAUUUGGAGCCACUGACAUUAUAUCAGUUUGAACUGAGAGUCUGCACGGCAUCAGUGACGUAUAACUGCAGCUUGUGGAGUCAGCUGCUCAGUAUGACCAGCCCUGGAAAAGCACCCUCGACCAAGCUCGAUGUGUGGAGAGUAAUCAUGCGAAAUGAAGACACUCAGAACGUGACAGUCAUGUGGAAGCCUUUAGGUACAGAGGUCUAUAAAGGAGUCUUGCACCAUUAUGAAAUAGUCUAUCAAGAGAAGGGCACUACACACAUUCUGAAUUGUUCAAGGGCUGUUACGCAGUACACACUUCAACUGCCCCUGGAGGUGACAGAGCUGAAUGUCAGUGCUGUUACAUCAGCAGGAAGUUCACCACCAGCUUCAGUGAAACUGACCUGUUCAGCAGGUAUACCAUCUCCAGAAAUAAAGUCAAGCCAUGCAGCAGGGGGCGGCAUAAACCUUGUGUGGGAUUCACCUCACUUCUCAGAUAAGACUUCAGAGCAAAUGCUGGGUUUUGUAGUUCAGUGGCAAUGCACCCCGCUUCAAGUCCAGUGGAAGAGAAAUGAAAAAAGCUACAACUCAGUAUACAUUCAUGCUCCAGAACCAACUCUGUGCAACAUUUCACUCUAUGUUGAGAGCAGUGACGGAGUGUCAUGUCCUUCUUUUAAACAAAUCCAUACGAUCAAGAAAGGUUUGGAAGAGAAUAAAAGUGUCCCUGUUACAGAGGUCUUAAAAGUGGAAUCUGCUCCAGGGAGAACAAAAGAUAGAUUGGUCGGGAUUUGCCUCAUAACCGCGAUUCCUAUCAUUAUCAUUGUGAAUCUAAUGUACUUGAAAUGUACACGACAAAGAAUAAGGAAGGUGUUUGUGUCAGUGGGACCCUCUUGGCUUUUUCAGAAUUUACCUAAACUUGGAAACAGCAAUGCCAUCAAAUUACUGAAGGAUGAGAGGUGUGGUUCUGAUCUGUGCUGGCAACCCAUGGACAACGACCCACCCUUAUCUCCAGUUGAGGACUACAGUCCGCCUUUGGAAAGGAAGGACUCGUACCCCAUUGCACACAAAGAAGUAACCACAGAGGAGAGGAUGGUUGUGCAGGACUGGACAGUCUGUCCUUAUAAACCUCAAAUCAUGAUUUCUCAAGGAGCAGAGGCGGAGUGUGAGGUAGCCGAGAAGGAAGAAGAUGAGCCUCCUUGGGUGGACUUCUCCUCACCUGUCUUCAAUAUGUUUGAACAACAUUUUCUUCCAAGUCAAGGAAUGUGUGCACCUCUGCCAAGCUGCUUGACUGUGGAUGGAAGACCUGUAUCUAUGGAUCUUGUUGAUGGCUUCCCCUUUUUUACUCCAACUGCGUUCGAUGGAAACAUGUUGACAAACGAUAGGCCUGCAGAAACUGGAAAUGGUGAGCAGAAUAAGCAUCAAUGCCAGACAGUGUUACCCAGUAACCUGAUGAGAUGCUUGAGAGAGCCUUUUUUUUAAUGACAGACCUCCUUUCUCAGUCCAGAGUCUGCACACUCUACAGUUUGAUGAGCAAUUGCUAUAAAACGUUCUACAACAAAAGGUUCACAUCUGUAUGAAAAUCCUUGAGUGUGAAAUUGCACGUUCCCCUACAUCAGCCAUGUGUAAUAAAAUGCAAAUUAUAUGGGAACUGAGCAAAACAUUUACAUUUACUACACCCUUUCAUCCAAAGCAGUUUACAGUUGAGCUGAGCACAUGAGGGAUAAGGGACUUGCUAAAAGCACCCAACGGUUGCUGGAGUUGAACUUACAACCUUCCCAUAAGAAGUCUAGAGCCCUAACCACUCGGUCACCGCUGCCCUGGACUUAUGUAUAAGUGCAUCACAAACUAAAUAGCCAUCAUGAGGUUCUUUAAGACAGGGGUUCUCAAAGUGCACUCAGUGACCUCCAUAGGUUUUUUUUUGUUGGCUAUCAAAAUCCCCCAUCAUAAGUUACAGUAUAUUGAUUACUGAGUUAUAAACCAAACCUCAAUAACUCAAAAACAAGUAGGCCUAUAAAUAAUGACAACUUAGAUGAAAUGUGUUGUGUGUGUGUGUGUGUGUGGAACGUUCAAGAAUGAAAAUCUCUUUACCUCCAAUAAAUAGCUAAAAAUAAUAAUAAGGAGUCUAAUAUUUGAAUAGAUACUGCAGAUUAUGUUGGUUAAAAGAAAUUUGUGCUGAGGAAGUCUUUGUAUUUUAUUUUAAUGCAUUUUUAAAGUCUCUGGCUGAAACACCGCCCCCAACCCCCCCACCCACCCCCAUAGAGUCACUUGUAUAAACAAGAGUUGCACUGAUUUUCAGCAUUAAUGUGUGGGUUUUUUUCGUUUUUUUUUUUAAAUAAUUGGUUCUUUUGUUACUGAAUUCAUUGAGAGUGAAAUGACAUGAGAGGUGUGUAGAGACUAGAAACAGAUCAGAUAACAAUACAAUAUCAGGCAGUGCUAACCAAUGACCCAGUGAGGUGGUUAUGACUUGGAGACUUCCUUAAAUGACAGACCUCCCUCACCACACAUAUCAACACAGUUCAUUCAUUGUGCACCAAAAACAUAAGACUGUAUCUCUUAUGCACUUCUGUAGAUAACUUAAUUCUGAAAUAAGACAUUAAAGGAUAAUGAUAAUAACCUGCCAUAACCUACAAUUUUAGAACCUGAUCUCAUGAAAAAAAAAAAGAAUUCCAAGAAGUGAGGACAAUGUGGUAGAAUUGAAUUCUGUUUCAUACUAAACAAAUCAUAUAAUGAAUUGAAUUGUGUGAAUUGUUAUGGAUUUGCAAGAGUAAUACCAUACCAUAUUGGUAUUUUUUCUUUUUUCUUUACAGAAUCUGUAGAACAUUUCAAGUGCAAUUCAUUUAUACAGUUGGGUAUAUAAGUAUUUGGACAGUGACACAAUUUUCAUAAUUUUUCCCCCCUCUGUACAACAGCACAAUGAAUUGAAAUGACGCAAUCAAUAUGUGAGUGAAGUGUAGACUUUCUGCUUGAAUUCAAGUUUUUAACAAAAAAAUUUGCAUCCUUAAAUCGUCCCUCCAUUUUCGCAUUCUACUAAGAGUAUUUUUAAUGCUUGGAUGCAAAUCCUUUGCAGUCAAUGAUUGCCUGAAGUCUGGAACCCAUGGACAUCACCAAAUGCUGAGUUUCCUCCCUGGAGAUGCUUUGCCAGGCUUUUACUAGAGCUGCCUUGGGUUGCUGUUUGUUUGUGAGUCUUUCUGCCUUCAGGUUUGUCUUAGUAAGUGAAAAGCAUGCUCAAUUGGGUUGAGGUCAUCAGACAUUUAAGAACUUUAUUUGCCUUAAGAAGCUCCUAGGUUUCUUGAGCUGUACGUUGUAGGUCUUUAAGAUCUGUACUGUAAAGCACUGUCCUAUCAGUUUUGUAGCAUUUGGCUGAGUCGGAGCACAAAGUAUAGCUCUAUAGAGUCUUCAGGAUUCAUCCUGCUACUUCUAUUAGCAGUCACAUCAUCAAUAAUCUCCAUUGACCCAGUUCCAUUGGCAGCCAUACAUGCCCAUGCAAUAACACUUCCUCCACAUGUUUGACAGAUGAUGUGGUAUGCUUUGGAUCAUGAUCCCUUCUCCAUACUCUUCUCUUCCCAUCAUCCUGGUACAAGUUAAUCUUCCAUCAGAACUGGGCAGGGUUUUUUUUUACAGGUUUUCUUUUAGCAAAGUCUAAUCUGGUGUUUCUGCUCCUGAGUGUUAUCAGUGGUUUAUCUUGAGGUAAACUGUCUGUGUUUACAUUCAUGAAGGUAUCUCUUGAUUGUAGACUUUGACAAUGAUACGCCUACCUCCUCCAGAAUGUUGUUGUUGUGAAGGGUUUUUCUUCAACAAGGAAAGAAUUCUGCAUUCAUCCGCUUUAGUUUUCUUCCAGGCCUUUUGGUGUUGCUGAGCUCGCCAGUGCAUUCCUUCUGUUUAAGAAUGUACCAGAUUGUUGUGGCCGCUCCUAAACUUUCUGCUAUCUCUCUGAUAGGUCUGUUAUGUUUUUUCAGCCUAAUGAUGGCCUCCUUCAAUUGCAUCAUCACCUCUUUGGACCACAUAUUGAGAGUUCCUAUGAACAGCUACCAAAGGCAAAUUCAACAUGUGGAAUCAACUCCAGACCUUUCAUCUCCUUAAUCUGUCAUGAAAUAAUGAGGAAACAGGCCACACCUGGCCAUGAAACUGCUUAUCAGUCAAUUGUCCAAUUACUUUUGGGCCUGUGAAAAUGGAUGGAGUCUGGGAAAAUUGGCUGUAAUUCCUAAACGGUUAAUGCAAUAGUUUUGUUAAACUCAUUGAAUUAACGCUGAAAGUCUACACUUCAAUCACAUCUUGAUUGCUUCAUUGGAAAUCCAUUGUGGUGGUGUACAGAGGCAAAAUUACAAACAUUGUGUCACUGGACCUGAUUGAAUGAUUUUCACAUAUAACACUCAUUUUCAAUGUAUUAUUUCUUUUCUUCUUUUUUUUCAAUUUAGCACAAAAAUAAAACUUUUGGAAGACAUCAAGGAUCAAAAAGUGGUCAUUUUCAUGUAAAAUGCCCUGACACUCCUCAUGUCAUCCUUUUGAAUGUAAUCAAUCUAUGGACACACAUAAUCUGAUUCUUCUAACAGAUUCUUCUCAAUUCCUACCUUGAUGAAACGUCUGUAUGUUUCAAUGAGUAUUAAUAAGUACUGUUUUCUUAGCAUGAAAACCUCUAUGUAUGUGUAGUUUUUACAUGCCCAAUUGUAAAGUUUACAAAGCAGGACAAUAAUGAUCUACUCAUAGGAUCUACAAGAGUUCUGGUUCUACUUCAUUCUUUGUGAAUUUUUUACACAUUUGAAUUUUCUAGCCAUUCUAGGGUUUUAUGGUGCGACUUCUCGAAAAUUGCCUCACACAAUGAUAUGGAAAGUGAAAGGCAUUCAUACAGAUGUGAUGACGCAGUCAUCUGCCAUAGACAGGUGAAAUGAAAUGAAAUGGUCCAGACAUUGACUGAUAUUGUAUAAUGUGUUUUGAUUAAUUUUUUUUUAUGUUGAGCAUGCUUAUGUUGUUUGUUUCUUUUGUGAGACUGAAUCGCUGCUAUUGUACUAAUUACAGACUUGUUGAUUGUUGUUCUAAGGGCUUGUUUCUCUACUCACUUUUAGUCAUGUUCACACUUUGCAGAACCACAUGGGCCACAAGCCAGUUUUUAUAACUUCCUGAGAAAAUUCUCACGCCAAGCAUGUGAGAAAGUGUAACAUACUACAGAAUGUGCAUUAUAUUUGUAUUAUACAUGCUAUUGGUUUAUAGCGGCAAAUUCCCAAAUUAGGUUAACAAAAAUCAUUUCCCAAUGAGUCCAAAACAUUUUGUCUAUGAAAUUUGUACAUUAAGCAUUGAUAUAUAAUGAAAGAGUCAAA